CCGGCGGGGCCGAGGCGGCGGCGGCGGCCAUGUUGGAUUUAAAGGGGCUGCGCCGCUGAGGGAGGAGGGCGGUGCCGGCUCCCGCCCUGCCCCACCUCCGUCGUACCGGGACUUCGACCGGAACAGUUCGACCGCGUCGCGGCGGCUCCCCCCGCCGCUACCGAGACCUCACACCGAGCAGCUGUGCUGCAGCCGUGCGUACCCCCUAGCCAGGCGGGUUUGCCCUCCAGAACUAGGGAAGGGAGAGCAGCGAGACGCUUUAGUGAAAAAGCGUGUGGUGGGAGAUGAGGCAAGAGAGACCUUGCGUGUCAACGUGGCUGGGGUCCCUCCUGGGACGCCCUGAGCCCUUCCCCGUGUUGGGGGACCCGUGGGGUGGGACAGGAGUCCCCACGAAGCAGGCAGGUGUCGGUAGUUGGGGAUGGCACGCUUCCAGAGGCUCACGAAACAUCACAGAGAGCGCCCCGAAGGUCGCGUGUUAUCGCGGAUGGGAUGGUUGCGGCAAGAAUCCGCUGGCCCCGUUGGAUGCUGCGAUGCUGUGGCGUUCGUCCUCUCUCUGCGUAAAGCAUCUAGAGAUCGAACAAACGCUUCCAGGCGGUGCCUGGCCCAGCUCUGCACUGCGCAGUGCUGACACAGGAGGAUUCCCAGGGAUCUUGUCCUGUCUCUGCCCGUUUCAGCGGGCACAGCGACAGCGAUCGCACGGCUGGUGGGUUCUCUGCAGCUCCACCUGCUUGGCUGUAGGGGCUGGGAUGGGGUUAGCGGUGGGGACGCAGGUGAGGGUGAUGCCAAGUGGGAUGUAAAACCUUUCGCCACAAGAGCGAGCGUAGGAUGGAGCAGAUCUAGCUGGGUGUAGGGCCGCCUGAGCGGGAGCCUGACGGUGGGGUAGAGCCCCUCGGGCAGCGUGUGGCGGCAGCUUGGGGGUUUGGCUCCGCUCCUCGGUGCUCCCAUCGGUCCCCAAGAAGGGAGCCCUGGGCUUGGCUUGUGCGGCGCUUUCUGCGCUCCCAGGAGAGCGUCCGACCGUCCUGUUUCUGGAGCCUGGCUGCAUCUCCUUCCCCUCCCCCUGCUGCAGUGUGGUUGGCUGCCGAGCGCCUGGUGCCUGCGCUUCUGCUAGAACCGGAGGGCAGCGCGGCUGACGCCGUGGGAGCCGUGCAUCACUGCGGCCUGCGCUUCUCCGUGGCACUGGGGCAUCCGGGAGUGCCAACGCUGGACAAGCCGCUGCAGGCAGCCAGGGCUGCACGAGCAGGACUAUGUCCACCAUGGUGUACCCAAGGGAGGAGAAACUGGACAAGCUGAGCCAAGAGGAGAUCAUUUCCAACACCAAGCUGGUGAUGCAAGGGCUGGAGGCACUCAAGAAUGAACACAACUCCAUCCUGCACAGCUUGCUGGAGACCAUCAAGUGCCUGAAGAAAGAUGAAGAAGCCAAUCUCGUGCAUGAGAAAUCCAACCUGCUCCGCAAGUCAGUGGAGAUGAUUGAACUGGGGCUCGGAGAAGCUCAGGUGAUGAUGGCACUGUCCAACCACCUGAAUGCUGUGGAGUCAGAGAAGCAGAAACUGCGUGCUCAGGUGCGGAGACUGUGCCAGGAGAACCAGUGGCUGCGCGACGAGCUUGCCAACACCCAGCAGAAGCUGCAGCGUAGUGAACAAACUGUGGCUCAGCUGGAGGAGGAGAAGAAACACCUUGAGUUCAUGAACCAGCUGAAGAAGUAUGAUGAGGAUGUCUCGCCUUCGGAGGAGAAGGAGGGCGACUCUGCUAAGGACUCUCUGGAUGAUCUGUUCCCGAACGAGGAGGAGGAGCAUGGUCCUGGAUUGCCCCACCAGCACAGCAGUGCAGUGGCAGCUGCCCAGCAGGGAGGCUAUGAGAUUCCUGCACGCUUGCGCACCCUCCACAACCUUGUCAUCCAGUACGCCUCACAGGGACGCUAUGAGGUGGCUGUGCCGCUCUGCAAGCAGGCGCUGGAGGACCUGGAGAAGACAUCAGGCCACGACCACCCUGAUGUGGCCACCAUGCUCAACAUCCUGGCGCUAGUGUACAGGGAUCAGAAUAAAUACAAAGAGGCAGCACACCUCUUGAAUGAUGCUCUCUCCAUUCGUGAGAAGACUCUGGGCAAAGACCACCCAGCGGUGGCAGCAACUUUGAACAAUCUGGCUGUUCUUUAUGGCAAGAGAGGGAAGUACAAAGAAGCAGAGCCACUGUGUAAGCGAGCCCUGGAGAUCCGUGAGAAGGUCCUAGGCAAAGACCAUCCUGAUGUGGCCAAGCAGCUGAACAAUCUAGCCCUGCUGUGCCAGAACCAGGGCAAGUAUGACGAGGUGGAGUACUAUUACUGCCGGGCCCUGGAGAUCUAUGAGAGCUGCCUGGGUCCUGAUGACCCCAAUGUGGCCAAGACCAAGAAUAACCUGGCCUCCUGUUACCUGAAGCAAGGCAAAUACAAAGAUGCAGAGGUCCUGUAUAAGGAGAUCCUUACCCGUGCUCACGUGAAGGAGUUUGGCUCCGUGGAUGAUGAACACAAGCCAAUCUGGAUGCAUGCAGAGGAGAGAGAGGAGAUGAGCAAGAGCAAGCACAGAGACAGUGCUCCCUACGCUGAGUACGGCGGCUGGUACAAGGCCUGUAAGGUUAGCAGCCCGACUGUGAACACCACCCUGAGGAACCUGGGUGCUCUGUACCGACGCCAGGGCAAGCUAGAGGCAGCUGAGACCUUGGAGGAGUGUGCAGUUCGCUCUCGGCGACAGGGCAUUGACCCGAUCAACCAGACGAAGGUGGUGGAGAUCCUGAAGGAGGGCGAUGGCACAGAGAGACGUCGGAGCCUGGGGGGCAGUGUCAAGUACGAGAAUGCCACAGACGGUAGCGAGGAAGUGAGUAUGGGCGUGGAAUGGAGCGGGGUAAGUACAAGACACCAUCAAGAAUGGCCUCAGCCGGCUGCCAGAGGGAAGGGGCAGCCUGGCUCAGGGCUGUCCCCGCGUGGCCUGUCGUGGCAUCCUUGUCUGCCUCCAUUCGUUCCCCGCACACUUCCUUACCCUCUUUCUUGGCAUGAGCCAGCCAGCCUGCGAAGGUGCGUGUCUGGGCCUGGUUUCUGGUGUACAGGCCAGAUAUCCCCAACUGAGGGCUCCUGCUUCCUUCCAGCGGACUGCCAGGCCCUGGCAAUGCACAGCAUGAGCUGGUCCUGGUCUGCCCUUAAUCUUAGCCUUGCAUCCUUAUUAACAUCUCUCCCUGCUGCUCCCCUCUUGAGGCCCUGGCUGAGAACAUCAGCCCCAUCUCAGGCCCGUGCAGCCUCUGUGAGCAACUUGGCUGUCUGUCCUGCACUGCGCCACUGGCGAUGCUGAGCCCGGGGAGGGUUGCGUGUGUGCGUGUCUGGUGUGUCUGUGACCGAGCGACUGCAGGGCGUGGGAAUAGUCUGCAGCCAGCAUCUUUGCUGUUCCCCUCUGCUGGCCUCGUGCCCUCCGUAGGCUCUGGCCAAGCAGAGGUGGUAAAAGGCAGGUCUUUGCGGGAUGCCGGGCCGGGCUGACCGGUGGUGGCAAAAGAGGCUGCUGUUAGCUGAGGCGCAGACAGGGCGACCUGAGCCUGUCUAGGCUUGCUCUGAGACUGAGGGACACUUUGGUCACUAGCGCCGAGUUUGGAGGAAGGUAGCGGUCCAGGUCUGGGAGAGGUGCCUUUUGUCUUCUGCAAGGAGGAGGAUGGAGAAGAGGCGGCAAGUGAGCAUGGUGCUGGUGGGUGCUUGGCUCGAGGGCUGCUAGAGCUGUUAACGCUUACCGUUCCUCCUGCAAACUCUAGUUCAGAGCGUAGCGUAGCUGGGUACCCAGGGGUUAUUGCGGCCUAGCACGGGUGACACACUGAGCACACGGAGUCCUUGCUCCCCCCUUACAUCUGCUGUCACUAACCCUUCCCCACUUGGCUCAGCUCUACCCCAACCCGCAUGAGCUCCCUCCCUUCCUUCUUCCUCUUCCCUGUUGCCAUGACAGCCCCUCAACACCCAAGCCUGAAGCCUGCUGGCUCUCUUGAUUGUGGAUUGUACCCAGGAGGUGGCUGGAGGGGACCUGGGGAGCUGAGCUUCGAGGGGACCCGGCAGCUCUGCCAGAUGCGGGGCUGUCCUCUGUCCCAGCUCUCAGCAUCGUGAGCAAAGAGGGUCCUAGCCCUGGCAAGGCACCGACCCUGGACCCUCACACUCCCUAGUUAGCAGAGGGGCUAGACAAGCACAGAGAGAGGGCUGCAGGUUUGGAUUAGGAUCACCUGGUCCCUGUCCUGGCUGGUGUCUCUCUGCAGUUCCUCCUGGCUGUGGUUGGUGUUGAGUGAUUGCUUUGCGCUGGUGAUGGUCUGGGAGACCUUCCCUGACAGUCUCUGAGCUGAUCAUCCCGAGGCAAGCAGGCAAUGCGACCCUCUCCCCCAGCCUGACCCAGCCAAGGGGGAUAGUCCCUGCUCAUAUGACCCUUCCCCAAGAGGCUUGGCAGGGCUUCCCUGAGCCCAGCCAGCUGUAGAUUGAGGGUUUGAGGGCUAGCCCAGCACCCUGGGGGGCACGGCUGCUGCCACCUGAUGCUCGGUGCCUUCUCCAGCCUGCUGCACCUAUCGCCAGCCUCCUCUCCCCAGCCAGCAGCCCUGUACUGGGCUGCAGCUCCCCCCAAAAGAAGGCUGAGGCAGCUCCCGCUGCUCCUGUCUGUCACGGCCAGUUGCUCCCUGUGCUGGUCUAGAGACUUUUGGACAUGCUGCCUCACGGCAGCCUCUGCUGCCAUCCCUUAGCUGUCAGCUGCUGCAGGCACAGGGCCAUGGGACACCCCAGGGUGCCAGCAGCCUCUGUGCUCUGCUGCCACGGGCAGCUCUGGAAGCACCCCAGGGCCCGGACCAGCUACUUGCUGCCCAGGUAAUUGGCCUGG